CCAGGAAUGCCAAGGAAUGUCAUCCCCACUCCCCACUCCACUCCAAUGACACUACUAGCUACAAUCUCCACUCCAACGAACCUCCAGAACUCCAGGAGGAAGAAGAAUCCAUGAGCAGUGAAUAACAGUGGCCAGAGGUUUGCUAUUAUUGUCUCCACCAGCACAUCCACCCAUCUGCCCGUGUUACGGCAUCAGUACGGAGUAGUUAGUGUCAGUGUUGUGGUGUGGUGUGAUUGGGUUUAAAAAAAAAAAAAAAAGGACUUGUUGCUCUGCUGUGUUGGGACCUCACCAGGAGCUGGUAUAGUUACCCAUUAUCCGUCACUACUAACAAACUACAGCGGAUCUUCCCCGUCUUGAGUCUUGGUUCGCGUCGCAUACCUACUUACAUGUACAAUAUUAUUAACUUAUUACUACAUACUGUACAUACAUUGUCUUUAGCCCUUGAACUACGCAGCGGGACAGUCCCACUCUCCUCGGAAUAGUCGACUAACUAACUAACUACGGAGUACAAGAGAAAAUAAAAUCUCUUCUCCUCUCGGUCUCUCCCCGCUCCGGACAAGAACAAGAACAACAGAACAAUGGCCAUCCGCCAUUGACUGGCUUCGUCAUCGUCCCAUCCCCUUCUCCCUUCUUAUUCCCUCGCUUUUAUCCAUAUUUUUUUAUUUAUCUCCGUUUUUGGCAUACCGCUACCUCCCCUUUCUUUCUCCGUCUUUUCUCUUAAUCUUGCAGAUCGCAUCUUGCCCGAUUCUCGAACUACUCCACUAUAACUUAUCAAACAAUAGCCCCUCGUCAAACCACAACCGCCAGCUCUCCCCCUCGCGAUUCCCUCGUCAAUCAGUCGCCUCCAUUCAUUCAUCACUUGGCUUCCGAAAUAUGCCAUUUUUUCGACUGUAAUAGUUCAUCUUAAAUAAAACCUCUCCCCGCCGCCCUUCGAUAUCCUAUACCGCCGCGCGAUUACUCACAGCACAUUACCGUUUCCUUUAACCACUACGUCCCGCAUCGGGUCACACUCUGGGGCAUUUGCGGCUUUUAUAGCCCAACCAACAACGACCGAAGAAUCGAGAGGAGGGGGGGGGAAAUAAAAAUAACGCAUAGAGGAUACAAACGUCCUAGCCACCUACUCCAAUAUGACCUCGCCGGUUGACGAGAACCCGAAUUACAAACCGCACAAUGAGAAGGCGCCCCUGCGGAAUAAUAGCUCCUCAGAGGACGACACUGUGGUGAAUGAUGGCUCACAACCUCCAAACCCGAAAUUAAAACCCCCGGAUGUCGAUGCCGCCAUGGAUCAAGAAUCGCACUACUCGCCGUGUACCUCACCGUCCCGAAAGUCCCACGCCAGGGAAGUGGCCCACCGUCUAGAUGACGAACUGGCUAUGAUGGAGGCAGAACGUGUUGUAUCGAUUGAGGAAAAGGUCCCUUCUAAUGAAAAGAGUGGCCGGUCCAUGUCCAUUUCACGCACUCGCUCCCGACGUUCCGAACCCAUGGACGAAUUCGAGGCCGCAACAAACCCUCUGCAUGAGCAGGCCGCCAUCUACAACCCACCCGAUAAUCCCACAACGAAUCUGGCCAGGUUUUUCAAAAAGGUUCAUGAAUCCAGUUUCCUUGUCCGAUACUUUACCUAUAUCAUUCCGCUCGUCUUAAUCCUUCUGAUCCCGCUAUUGGUCGGCUUGCUCGCUUAUCCUCAUGCCAAUGUAGGUGGUGUAAAGUUGCUCUGGUUCUCCGUCUGGCUGGAGAUCGUCUGGCUCACUCUCUGGGCUGCCCGUAUUGUCGCCAAAUUUCUCCCAACCCCCAUGAGUAUGGUAGCUAGUGUCCUCACCAAUAAUUCGAAGAAGUGGCGCGAUUUGGGCAAGCAGCUUGAACUACCUGCUACACUUUUCUUCUGGUGGCUCGGGAUCGAGAUCUCCUUCUUGCCAACCAUGACCAAUCACCAUAUCGAUGGCGACCGCGGGACCAAGCCGUGGGAGGUCGUUGUUAACAAAAUCAUCGUUUCAGUCUUCGUCGGCGCAACUCUCAAUUUUAUAGAGAAAAUCAUCAUCCAAUUGAUCGCCAUCAGCUUCCAUUUACGAACAUAUGCGGAUCGAAUUGAGAUCAACAAGUUCCAGAUCGGCAGCUUGGCGAAGCUAUAUGCUUAUUCCAAGCAGAAAAUUAAAUUGGAGGAUCGCGACUUUGAGGAAUCCCCGCCACAGACCUCCGGAAACAGGACCCCGAUGCAGUAUGCUGGGGUCGCCCAGCGAGUUGCCCGAUCUGCCUUGAACAAGGUUGGGGACGUAGCUGGAGCCGUCGCAGGUGACUUCACAGGGAAGACCGUGAAUAAAAGCAGCCACCCUCACCAAGUCGUUUUGACCCUUUUGAGCACCACAUCAGGUAGCCAGGUCCUCGCCCGCCGUAUGUAUCGGACUUUUGUCCGCGACGGUUUCGAUACCAUCUUCUCCGGAGACCUAAAGGCCGCCUUUGACAACGGCGACGAAGCGGAAGCUGCCUUCACCAUGUUUGACAAGGAUAUGAAUGGUGAUAUCUCAAUGGAGGAACUGGAAGCCGUCUGCGUGGAAAUCGGCAGAGAGCGCAAGUCGAUCACUGCCUCCCUGAAGGAUUUGGAUUCCGUCGUUUCUAAGCUCGAUAAUGUCUUUGUUUUCAUCGUUGUCGUCAUUACUAUCCUUGUGUUUUUGUCUCUCAUUUCCGCAUCCACUGCCGGUGUCUUGACUUCGGCGGGCUCCACGCUCUUGGCGCUCUCCUGGCUAUUCUCUGCUACAGCCCAGGAGUUUCUACAGUCUAUUGUAUUCGUUUUCAUCAAGCACCCGUUUGACGUGGGUGAUCGUGUUUCCAUUUACGGAAAUACCGGCGCAACCCUAACUGGUGAUGACUAUUUCGUGAAAGAAAUUGCGUUGCUAUAUACAGAAUUUAAGAAGAUGGAAGGGCAUGUGGUGCAGGCACCCAACAGCUACCUCAAUACGCUUUUCAUUCUGAACCAACGACGUAGCGGCGCCCUUGCCGAAGCCGUUCCAAUUAUCAUCAAAUUCGGGACCACCCUUCAGCAAAUUGACACCCUCCGGCUACGGCUUACAGAGUUUGUACGGUCUGAGAACCGCGAAUAUCAAGGGAAAAUCCUUACCGAAUUACGAAAGGUGACAGAAAACUACUCCGUCACUCUAAAUGUCGUCUUCUUUUACAAAUCAAAUUGGCAAAACGAAUUACUGCGUCUACAGCGACGCAACAAGUUUAUCUGCGCUCUCAUGCUCAUCCUUCAGGAGGUGGGUAUCGAAGGACCACGUAUGAACAUGAUCGGUGCGAAGCAUGACAUGCCAUAUCACGUUUCUCACCAGGGCGCUCCUCCCACCUAUAGCGACAGCGCGAGCGGCCCUAUCCCCCCGGGAGACGGCCCAACUGAUCCACACCUGAUCUCGGAAUCCCGUGACGCGCUGGGCGAUCUGGGCCGUGCACCCUCGACCGGUGUCAGUCAUAACCCUUCCAUCCUCCGAAACCGCUCCGGGACGACCUCCUCCACCCGCGGCCGCCGCGAGUCAGUGUCCAGGCACGUCGACUUCUCUCUAGGAAUGAGCGAGCUCAGCGCGGCAGACUCGAUAUCCGACGUCCACGCAGACCGCCAGGGUAAAAACCGCGUCAACGAGGUCAUCCUCAAUGCAAAUCGCGAGUCGGCAGAGCGCCGCCGGCGCGAACAGGAAGAGGCAGAGACCCAACGCCGUCUCGACUCCCUCGAGCAAUCGCGCUCCCACGCCACCGCCCGCACCUCCAUAGAUUCCCACCAUUCCCGUCUUGCCGGCCCCGCCGCCGGAUCCCCGUCCCGGGGCAGUAUCUCGUCCUCCAUCCAGCGCAACCGCCUCUUCUCUCGCCUGGGGGGGUCUCACUCUGUGAGCUCCAGGGAAGGCAGGGGCUGGUCGCAUAGCCGGUCUGAGGAUAUGGAAGUCGCCGAAACGGAGCUCAUGGAACAAGGUCGCUACAACCUGACUCGGGAAAAUGGACCUAACGACGCGCCGGAGCUGCCUUCAGGCAGUUUUGCACCACAAGAGGCACAGGGCGAUGAUUCUUCUGAUAGAGGGCGAAGGCCGGUUGUGCAUGACACGAAUAGAUGAGAACGGGUCUCUGUGAGGAAAAGAUGUAUAGAAAAAUAGAGAAGUAGAAAAAUAGAGAAGCAGAAAAAUAGAGAAGUAAAAUAUUGGCAAUAUUUUUUAAGUAGUAAUAUACCAAAUAAAAAAUUGUCUUGUUCCGUCAUCUCAUGGAUUCCUGCAUAUCGCUGGCUCUCGCAUUUUAUUUGUAUUCUUGUAUAUAUACUUUGCGUGGUUAUCUUGGUUUAUGAUUUUCAACUUUCAGUGGGAGUCUUUUUUUGUUAGGUCAUCAAAACAUGGUGCCAAAGCAUCAUGACAACAAGUAGGAACCCAGUUAGUUGCGGGAUAAUAUGUAUGUACAAAUUCCGAGCUCCCUGGUUUGUUCUCGUAGCUAACCAGCCCAGCCUCAGUUCCAGCUGCUAAUAAGUUCACUAAUAGUUUAGUUAAGCAGGAAGCAGAGAGUCUACCUCCAUUUCAGCUUAUUGAUUAGUUACUCUUCACUCUUUUCA